AACCCGACUACAAAGACAUCAGCAAAUCCAUGCAGCACCAGAAGUCGCAUUAAUGAUGGAUUCACACGUCCACCUGCCCUUCGUCAAGCAAGAAAAUCAAAACCCAGGGAUGGGUCCAGACUUCCCGGUCAUACGUGACCAGGAUGUGCACAGCGACGCAGUCGUGAAGCAAGAAGAUGAUGACGGGAGUCUGGGCACCGAGACGCUGAGGAUUGUGGUGAAAACUGAAAUCGAGGAUGAUGCCUCGCGGCACCUGAAGAUCGUUAAAGUUGAAGGGACCGCCGGCGAGAGACCGGAGGAGACGGAGGAGCAUUCCGACGGGCGCCGGCCCUCCGUGGACAAGGCGCUCGUCAAGGUGGAGUCGCAGGAGGCGGACGCUGUCGCGCCCCCGGUGAGCGCCUUCGGCGACGUACGGCGCCCAGCGCGCAGUGGGGACGCCACAGAUUUGGGGAUCGUCGAAGGUGGGGGAGGUUCCGAGAGGCCGGAGGAGACGGUCGAUUCCCAUGGGCAUGCGGACACUCCGGACCGGAACUUCAUCGAGGUGGAGUUAUCAGAGUGGGACACGGAUGAAGAUGAAGCAAGUGAAACGGAACUCCUGUGGUGCGAGGAGUGCGGGAAGGCCAGAGGCUCCGCAACGAAGACGGCAAAGGCGCAACGCAGCAGCGACGGGACCCCGCGAGCCUGCACUCGGUGCGGGAUGCCGCUCAAGGGCACCGCGGCAAUCGCCACCGACGGGAGGAAGCCGCACGCCUGCCGGGAGCGCGGGAAGGGGUCUGCGACGCUCCCAAACUUGAACGGGCAUUCUCGGAGGCGCGCCGGGGAACGGCCGCGCCCGAACGCUUGCGCCGAGCGCGGGGAGCCCUUCGCGCGACCCUCCAAUGUGGAGGCGCGCGCGAGGACGCACGCGGGCGAGAGGCCGCACGCGUGCGAGGAGUGCGGCAAGGCGUUCGCGCGUCGCGAGCACCUGAAGACGCACCGCAUGACCCACACGGCCGAGAGGCCGCACGCGUGCGCCGAGUGCGGCAAGCGCUUCGCGCAGCGCUCCCAGCUGAAAGUGCACUCGGCGACUCACACCGGGGAGAGGCCGCACGCGUGCGGGGAGUGCGGCAAGGGCUUCGUGCGGCCCUCCGGUUUGGAGGCGCACGCGAGGACGCACACGGGCGAGAGGCCGCACGCGUGCGCCGAGUGCGGGAAGCGCUUCACGCAGCGCUCCCAGCUGAACGUGCACUCCGCGACGCACACCGGGGAGAGGCCACACGCGUGCGGGGAGUGCGGGAAGCGCUUCGUGCGGCCCUCCGACCUGGAGGCGCACGCGAGGACGCACACGGGCGAGAGGCCGCACGCGUGCGCCGAGUGCGGGAAGGCGUUCGCGCGGCGCUCCCAGCUCAACUUGCACUCCGCGACGCACACGGGGGAGAGGCCGCACGCGUGCGGCGUGUGCGGGAAGGGAUUCGUGCGGCGUUCCCACUUGGUCGCGCACGCGAUGUCGCACACGGGCGAGAAGCCGCACGCGUGCGCGGAGUGCGGGAAGCGUUUUGCACACCGCUCUAAUUUGGAGAAGCACACGAAAACGCACACCCGCGGGAGGUCGCGCGCGUGCAGAGCAGUUGAGGUGCAAGGAGAUGAAGCGGGUCUGGACGAUGAAAGGUUAAGGAAAGCGGUGAAAUCUGAAUUUGAGAAACAAGAAAAACCGGAGGUUCUGCUGGUUGGCACUCAGGCUCAGGCGAGAACAUUUGUGAGAGGAUCAGGUGAAGAAGGUCACGAGAGGCCAGCGGAGAUGGGCGAUUCCCGCGGAUGCGUGGAUGCUCCAGACCAGAACUUCAUCGAGGUGGAGUUGUCAGAGGAAGACACGUGUGAAGGCCUGAACAAAGGCCGAGGCGCGUGGGUAGCAUCUAGAAGCAUCCAGCAGCAUCCCAACGCCUUGUGCGAUGAUGAUGCUUGCGCCGAGGAAGCCUUUUUCUUCUUCGCUCGCAUCGGCUGGUCCGACGAUUCGCUGCCCUCCUUCCUCCUUUGUUCAAAACAGACGGAGCAAGAGACGCGGAACUCGCGUGCGAGGGGUGCGCCGGUGGCGGAGGCUUCGCGGGCCUCCCCGGCGAGACGCAACGCGCCUGCGAGCGAUGCGGCAAGGCGCCCGGGGGCGCCGCCCGUCGCACGACGGCCGCCGCCGACGGCACGGAGCGAGGGCCGCGCGCCGGCGCGCGGCCACGCGUCUGCAGGCGGCGCGGGGAAGGCGCUCGCGCGCCGCGAGCGCCCGCGGUUGCGCCGCGCGACGCGGCACGCGGGCGAGAGGCCGCACGCGUGCGACGAGUGCGGGAAGGGGUUCGCGCGGCGUUCGCAUUUGGUCGCCCACGCGAGGACGCACACGGGCGAGAGGCCGCACGCGUGCGCCGAGUGCGGCAAGGCGUUCGCGACCCCGUACACGUUAAAGAAGCACUCCGCGGUACACGCGGGAGAAUGGUCGCACGCGUGCGCCGAGUGCGGCAAGCGCUUCGCGCAACGUUCGGAGUUCAAAAAGCACGCGAGGACGCACGCCGGCGGGAGGCCGCACGCGUGCGCCGAGUGCGGCAGGGCGUUCGCGCGUCGCGAGCACCUGAGGGGGCACUCGGCGACGCACACGGGGGAGAGGCCGCACGCGUGCGAGGAGUGCGGCAAGGCGUUCGCUCGACGCGAGCACCUGAAGACGCACCGCAUGACCCACACGGCCGAGAGGCCGCACGCGUGCGCCGAGUGCGGCAAGCGCUUCGCGCAGCGCUCCCAGCUGAAAGUGCACUCGGCGACUCACACCGGGGAGAGGCCGCACGCGUGCGGGGAGUGCGGCAAGGGCUUCGUGCGGCCCUCCGACCUGGAGGCGCACGCGAGGACGCACACGGGCGAGAAGCCGCACGCGUGCGCCGAGUGCGGCAGGGGCUUCGCGCAGCGCUCCCAGCUGAACGUGCACUCCGCGGUGCACACCGGGGAGAGGCCGCACGCGUGCGGGGAGUGCGGCAAGCGCUUCGCCCACCGCAACAAUUUGGCGAAGCACGCGCGGACGCACACGGGCGAGAGGCCGUACGCGUGCGCCGAGUGCGGCAAGGGCUUUUUGCAACGCUCCCAAUUGACCCUGCACUCCGAGUUGCACGUUGGGCCGAUGACCUAAAUAGUAUUUUUAACGCGAAAGAAAAUGUCCCCCUCACUCCCACCGAAGGCGUGCGACUUGGCAUGGGCCGUCCCCCCUACCGAAGGCACGUGCGUUGGUAUGGCCGUGCACGCGCCAUAAAUAAAUAAAGAAAAGGGAAGCGCACAAAAAAAA